AUGACGAGACGAGCUGCAGCCAUCCUGGUGCUGAUGCUCUCGCUCCCGGCGGCGGCCCUCCUCGUCGCCACCAUCCGCCUCCCUAGCGACGGCGCGGCGAAGGUCCUUCGUUCAGGUCUCGCAACAAGCAAGGGAGGCAAGGAGCAGACACUUCCACUGCCUGACAAAGUAGUGGUGCCGUCGGAGGCGUCCUCGAGGAAGAUGAGAGGCCGUGGGCGUGCUGCAACAGCACCGUGUGCGCCAAGUUCAUGCCGCCGACGUGCCGGUGCCUGGACGAGGUGGAGGAGUGCGCCGCCGCGUGCAAGCGCUGCGAGCCGUCCGGAUUCAACCCGGCCUUCCACGUCUGCAACGACCAGUACCACGGCGACCCAGGCCCGACGUGCGCCAAGGAGGAGAGGCCGUGGACGUGCUGCGACCGGACAGUGUGCACCAAGUCGUUCCCGCCGACGUGCCGCUGCCUGGACGAGGUGGCGGAGUGCGCCCCCACAUGCAAGCGCUGUGAGCCGUUCGGGAUCAACCCCAACCGCCACGUCUGCAACGACCAGUACCACGGCGAUCCCGGGCCCAAGUGCGGCAAGGACGACGACGACGACGACACCAGCGGCUCUCCAUCCCUCGCCGCCGCCACACAGAUGCAGUUGCUUGCUGCUGGUUUCUCUCAUCUUGUUGUUUAUCCAGAGUCCUUAG